UUUCCUGUAUGCAGCCUCUUAUCUUCUGGUAUAAUAAGGCAUCCUUUAUUACGAAAAAAUCAUUUAUCUGGCAAAGGUCACAGUUAAUUUUUUAAACGUGCAGUUAACGAUAAGAGGCAGAAUGCAACGGAUGUGUUUAUGUUAUCCUAAAACUCAUUCAUUCUCGAAGAGAAGCACGAACUCAAAUGUUAUUGAUGAGUGAUUAGUGCGAAUAUGGUUGUUUCGGAAGUGAUCAUUGUAAUAAUUGGAUUCUUAUUGGGAUUUGGGGCCAGCAAUGUUACGAUAUCCAAGGACGCUAUGGAACUAAAGUAUGGAGAACCCGGAUUUUUAUUCACCAUGCCCCAGAGAAUGAUUUCUGGAAGAAAACAGUUGGUAUGUCUCACAAUUCAUGGGGCUUCUCCUCCUUCAAGGAUAAAAGUUGACAUCAAGUACAAAGAAACACAUUACUAUACCGAUAAGAUAAUAGAACUUGAAUAUACAUGCUUCAAUCUGACAUCACCAACACAUAAUAAAAAUUCGCCGCAAUAUGUCAGUGUCAAAGUUCAAGUUCAGUUGGAUGGCAUUAUUUAUGGGUCGCACAAUCAGGACCCUGUCCUGGUUUAUCCUGAUGAAAAGCAUACGAUCAUCGGCCUCGAUCGUACAAUGUACAAGCCAGGGGAUAAAAUUAGACUGAGGAUUCUGAUUCUUGAUGAUGAUUUACUUCCACCUGAUCAGUACAAGAUUGAUGAAGUGAGAAUUAGAAACCCAUUGGACAUUUCUGUUGCUGUUUGGGAAAAUAUUUCGACUACAGCAGGCCUUGUACAAUUGGAACACAACAUUUAUAAAGAUGCUAAGCCGGGAAAAUGGAGGGUGGAAGCUAACGGAAAAACGAAACAUUUUGAAGUAAACAAAUAUGUACUUCCCAGAUUCAACAUCGACAUUUCUCACCCGAAGGUUAUAUACUAUGCCAGCAGGUAUUUGGAAUUGAAAGUUUGUUCCAAGUACAACUUCGACCAGGAAGUCAAGGGUAAAGCGUUUGUCAAAGUGACUGAUACUGGUGGAAACAUGAAACCCCUUUAUGAAAUUCAUCAGAUGACCAAUGGGUGUGCCAAAUUCAAACUUCGGAAUAGCCAGUUGAAUCUAAUGGAUAUUAAGAGGAAAUACCCAAUGUACGAUCCAAAAUUAUUACUUUCUAUUACUGCUACUGUGAUAGAAUAUGGUAGCGAUAAAAUAGUCAUAGAUAACGUUAAAAUCCCUAUAGAUUUGAAAGAAUAUAAUAUGAAGAUCGUUUCCGAGAAUGUAUUUCAGCCAGGAUUGCCAUAUCAUGGUAAAGUUCAAUACAGCAAUGUUCACACGGAUCUUAGAAAUCAUGUUGUUGAGAUUUGCUACAAUGUUGCUAUCAAGAAGAGUUGGAACUAUUUGAACAACGAAAAAUGUAGAAAUUUCACUCUGGACAGUGAUAAUAGUACAUAUUUUAGUAUAUUGCCUUUGAAGAGUUCUGUGGUUCAUAUGACGAUAACUGCCAGGUCUUUGAAUCAUACGUUGAUUGGGGAUAGUUUGCUCGUUGUGAGAAUAUAUUCCUCUCUCAAUGAUUACAUUCUGUUGAGGCCAAAUAUUGUUAUGAAUAAAAUAUGUAGACCAAUUCAACAAAUACUGGUUAUAUAUACUACUGACAAACUAAGAGAAUCGGAAAAUGUUACUUUUUAUUCUAUCAUAAAGAGCAAAGGAGUACUAUAUUCAGUUAACAAAAUCAAUAAAAAAAUUCAACCUAAAACGCUGAACUAUAAAAACGAGUUGAAAAAUAUUAUAGGUACACCCCAUAAGUACAACACAGAGGGUUCAACCAUUGAUAAAUUCGUACUAAGAUUCAAUUUGGAUAGUAGGAUUAUUGGAAAAUAUCAGAUUUUAUUGUUCUAUAUUGCAAGCAAUGGAGAAACGAUAUCCGCUACUAGAGAAAUCGAUAGGGGACCGUGCUUUCGGAAUAAGGUUGAAGCCUUCUGGUCAGAUUCUAAGGUCUAUCCUGGAGGAAAAACAAUGUUGAAUAUAAAAACAACGACUCCUUCAUUCUGUGCCAUCUCAGCAGUAGAUGCUUCAGUAGAAUUCAUGGGCUCUUCCGAUAAUUUGAACGCUCAUUCCCUUUUGAGAAACCUUUAUCAAGAACCACCACCUCCGACGUCGAACAGGAAGUCCUGCAUUACACAGCAUAGGAAGAAUAUUCAAGUACCGUCCUUUUAUACUGAUCCAACGUCUGAUGCAGACAUGGGAAAGACCCGAAGGAAACGAUAUGUUUACUCCUUUUCAGAAGAUUUUGAUGCAUACGACACAUUCACAAAAUUUGGUACAGUAGUCAUAACCAAUCUCAGAGUAGUGACUAAACCAUGCUAUACAGGUCCCAAGGUUUCAUCAUACAGUCCAGCUCCGUUUCAGACUGAUCAUUAUAAUCUACAUAGUGAAGGUCAGGAAGUUUCUGUGAGAUCUUAUUUUCCCGAAACCUGGUUAUGGGAACUUGCUGGUGUUCGGAGUUAUAAGCAAGUACCAGCGGAAAUUCCACACUCUAUAACGAACUGGCAAACUACUGUUCUAUGUGUAUCACCAAGUGAGGGAGUGGGUAUGAGUCCACCCAUAAAAAUAUCCAGUUUUCAGCCGUUUUUCGUGAACAUAUUAACGCCCUAUUCGAUUAAGCGGGGUGAAAUUUUACAUUUGAGAAUAUUACUCUUCAAUUACAUGACCUAUAGCCUUCCAAUGAAAAUCACUUUCGGCACCUCUAACGGAUUAAAGUUGUUGAGUACCCAAAACAGCGCCUCCUAUUGCAUUUUGCCGAGCGACACGCUAACUCACGUGUUUCCUUUAUCAGGAAAUGAAGUAGGGGAAGCGACAAUCACGGUGAUCGCUGAAGUAGACGCUCUUUUUCCUGGCCAAUGUGGACCAGAAACCAUAGUAAAUACUAGAGAUGUUGUAGUCAGGAAUUUGAUCAUUGAACCUGAGGGAUAUCCAGUUGAAGUGACAAAAUCGGCAUUACUAUGUAAUUCAGAUGUGUACACUACAUCCAAUGUUUCAUGGAAGAUUGAAGUUCCUGGUAAUAUUGUGCCAAAUACAGCCAAAGCGAAGUUAUCUUUGAAUGCAGAUUUAAUUGGACAAUCAUUGGAGAAUAUGGAAGAUCUACUCCAAAUGCCAAACGGAUGUGGUGAACAAGUAAUGGCCACCAUGGCACCAAAUCUGUACAUAGUGAAAUAUUUGAAAUCGAUCAACAAGCUUGAUAUACCAGUUCGACAGAAAGCAGUUAAAAAUAUGAAAAUUGGAUAUCACAAGAUAUUAAAUUAUGCCCUAAAAGAUGGUUCUUUUUCGCCAUUCGGAUAUCACGAUUCAUUUGGUUCGAUGUUUUUGACGGCUUUUGUCGUGAAAACGUUGAAAUUAGCAAAAGAAUACAUUUAUGUUGAUCAGAGGGUCAUCGACAGAGCAGUUUCUUGGAUUUUCACCCAUCAAUUGGAAAACGGCUGCUUCGAUACAAUGCUACACGUCUUUCAAGAUAUGGGCGAUACGAGUACUGAAAAUAGUACCUCUGCCUUAUCCUCUUAUGUGAUUAUCAGUCUAAUGGAUUCCGGCAUUACUAUUCCAAAAAAUGUUAUUGAAAAUGCCAAAUAUUGCAUCAGGGGCUACAGCGAUCCCGACAAGUACACACUUGCUAUUAGCUGUUACGCUUUAUUCAAAAUGAAAUGGUACGAUGAAGCUAACAAAGUAUUAAGAAGGCUGUUGAAUGUUGCUUCCAAACAGAAUAAUAUGUUAUGGUGGUCUAUGAAGGAUAGUGGAACUACAGCGACAGAUAUAGAAGUAACAAGUUACGUACUGUUGACGUUACUAGAGUAUAAUACGAAUGAAAAUUUAGCUCAUGCACAUUCUAUAGUGAGAUGGUUAACAUCACAAAUAGGACCGUAUGGAGGAUUCAAAUCGACUCAAGACACCGUAGUAGCAUUGAAUGCCUUGACGAAAUACUCUACAGCUAUAUCAUCGAAGAAAAUCAACCUGGAUAUUCAGGUUCAAGCAAAAAGACAGAAUCUAAAUUAUCAAAUGCAAAACGAAGAUCGACUGAAGACCAAGAAAAUAACUUUGAAAGAGACAGAUAAUGAGAUCAAUGUGAGAAUAAGGGGAGAGGGUUGCCUCUUAGUUCAGUCAGUUCUCACGUAUUACCUGAAGAAUGUUCCUAAAAGUGAAUCUUUCAAGAUAGCUUUAGAGAUUUCUCCGGUGUCUACAGUAGCCAAAUGUUCAAUAGCAACAAUAUCACCAUGUGUUUCAUAUUCGGGACCAUCUAUUCACUCUAACAUGGCAGUUUUGGAUGUUACCCUACCUUCUGGAUACAUAGCAGAUAGAGCAUCGCUAUACAAACUCACUGAAAAUGAAAAUCAAUCCAAGGUCAAAAUGUUUGAAGAGAUGAAAGACAGAGUUGUCUUCUAUUUCACUAAAUUAGACAAGGAAGUAAGAUGUUUCACUUUUGGUAUUAACGAAAAUUCUGUUGUCGAAAGGAGAACUGAUAGUGCAGUUAAACUCUAUGAUUAUUAUAAGCCUGAAUUCGAGAAUGUUGAACUAUACACAAUACAGAAUUGCAGUGAAUCCACUGAAGAAGAAUCGACCACAAUAUUCAGUACAACUGAAAUCGAAAGUGAUUCACAAUCUCCUACAACGCUCUCUAUCUGGGACUACAUAGAUAACACAAGUUAUGAUAACGACACCACAUCUUCGGAUUUUGAGUCUACAACGUAUACUAUGAAAUUAGAAGAUUAUGUUUAAUUUUAAUAUCGUAUUAUAAAAAUAGUUUCGAAUGUUUCGUGUACAUAACAAAUACAUUCAUAAUUGUAAAUAACUCCCAGAUAUUGUUGAAAAACCUUCACUAAAAUACAUAAACUGAGUUCACCACAAAUAUAA